AUGUCCUUUAAUCAUUUUCAAUUUUCGGAAAAAUUAUGUUUAUGUUGACUGUCUCGGUCUGUGCCUCGAAUGUUCAACUUUGCCUUCUAGGUAUAACAAUACACUUACUAUAUCAUUAUGGUAGUCAGAUUUUUCAAAUAACUUAUUUGUUUCAGAACGCCUGAAUGUCCUCUACGAGAAAAACUGGACCAAACUGGUCACGGAGCAGUUGAAAAAAUUUGAACGUUCCGUGGUCGAAAGUGCUAAGAACGACGAUACCCUAUAUUUUUCAGCCCCAAAAUGGACUUUUGGUGGUUCCCUUCUCUACACUAUAACCCUUUUGACUACCGUAGGUUAUGGACGCCUAUCUCCCAAAACAUCCCUCGGCAAAAUCAUAGCCAUAUUCUACGCCAUUGUAGGGGUACCUUUAAUGCUCAUUCUCCUAUCGGAAUUAGGAAGCGUUCUAGCUCAAGGCGUCAGAAAAGGAUACUCGAAAAUCUGCUGUCAUAAAAACAAGGAAAACUUUCCUUGUCCCAAUGUAGGCUAUCACAAAGCUGCCAUCGGUUCACCCACAAAAAACUCCUAUUACUGUAAAAGUAUAGAAGAUUCUGCUUCUAUACAACUUGGCUCGACACACAGUACCCCAAAUCAUGUCAGUUUUCAGGCCUCCAAUAGUAAUCAUUAUGUGGAUCACAAUGAAGUACCGAAACGGGCAAUCUUGGCAACAGUUAGAGCCAGUCAUACAAGAGGGAGAUGUAGACAGGGACCUGUGAGGCAAAUUUUAGCAGAUCCAAAUUGUCCAACACACCGUCACGGUCACGGAGGAGCUUUAAGAAAUUCUUCAAUAGUUGGAAUCUCGACGGACAUAGAACUGGACGACGUUGAAGAAAGUGAUGAAAAUGAUCAAGGUCAAUGUACCCAGCACAAUACACCUUCCCGUAUACCUCUAAUAUGGCGACCACCUGACAAAAAUGGCCUCUCACAACCUUCAGCAGCAACAGAGGAACCCUUUACACCACCCAAUACAUCACCAGUGCCUAUAUCCUUAGUAAUAUUGUUAUUUGUUACGUACAUAGGCCUCGGUGCGGCCUGUUUUUCCAACACAGGCACAUGGACAUUUUUGGAUGCGAUUUAUUUUUGUUUCCUCGCUCUGGCUACUAUUGGAGUGGGCGAUAAGUUGCCCACUCUUCAUCAAAACGACUUUGAGGGCCAACUGCAUAUUUUUGCGUGCUGCCUUUAUAUUUUCGUCGGACUAGUUAUACUUGCCAUGUGUUUCAGUUUGGUCCAGGAGGAAUUGACAAUAAAGUGCAGACAAUUGGCCAAUAAUUUAGGAUUUGGCAAGGAGUAGCGAUACACUGUUUCUCCUUUUUUUACUGUGAUUUUAUUCGUGUUUUAGAUGAGAAUAAAUUAUGGAAAUUAAAUUAUUAUUUGUAAAAUU